AAUCUUAUACAUGAAAUAAGUCGACUUCCACAUUUGCGCAGUGUGCGUGGACAUCUCGGACAUUUCGCUGCUAAGAUGGUGAGGACAUCUAUUCGCCGCGCGGCCCUGAAAGCCAUUGACUGGGUGGCGUUCGCCGAGCGCGUACCCCCCAACCAGAGGAGCAUGUUCAACGCCCUGAAGACCCGCAGCGAUGCAAUCUCUGCCAAGCUCGCUGGCCUUCCAGAGAAGCCAGUGGAGAUUGACUGGGCCUACUACAAGACAGCUGUCGCUAGGGCUGGCAUGGUAGACGAGUUUGAGAAGAAGUUCAGUGCUUUGCAGAUACCUGUGCCUGUUGACACACAGACCAGCGCCAUUGAUGCACAGGAGGCAGUAGCGGACAAAGCAGCCGUGGCCUACAUUGAGGCAUCCAAGGCUCGCAUCACUCAGUAUGAGAAGGAGUUGGAGAAGUUCAGAAACAUGAUCCCCUUCGACCAGAUGACCAUUGAUGAUCUCAACGACACUUUCCCAGAGACCAAACUGGACAAGGUCAAGAAUCCCUAUUGGCCACACAAGCCCAUCACUGACCUGUAAUCUCACCAACAACUAAUUCAAUAAACACCUCAUAUUUUACCGAAAA